UUCACUACUCCAAGUAACGAAACGUCAGUGAGUGAUCGUUACAAGCAAUGGCAGCGACCAGCUGUUUGCUGUUGUAAUUUAACCCAUCCACCGAUGACAUAACCUCAAAUACGCCGUGUCUAGUCAUUAGUGCUCUAAAGAUGAAGUGCACCGCGGUAUUACUUAUUCUAGUCGGAAUUCCUGUCUCUAAUUGUCUCAUUAGUCUGUCUGAUGUGGGAGACAUAAUAUCCUUCGCCCACGAAGUGGUCAUAGAUGUGCUCCAGGCUUGGAAACUGGUCAAGCCCUUUGUGGAAGGUGAAGGGCCGGAACAUAUAGACUUGCCCAUACUCAAGGAUAAGGAGAAAAAACUCCUGUCUAAAAUCUCACAGGUGUCAAGAAGGAUGGAACAGGUGGACAAGCUAGUGCAGAGUGCCACAUCUGCAUCCAUGCUCAACCUCAAGCAGGACAUUCCCACUCAGAUCCGCCUGGAGUUACGGAUCGACACGCUUCUAGAACUCAUUUCAAUGAUGAACUUUGCUGAUAACAAGUUCAGAGAGUAUACAGAUGUGGGGGAAGAUGACAAUCGUACAAUAGCUUCUGGGCUAGAGCGGCACACGCUGGAGAGUUUCGCCACCUAUGUAGUUUCUCACAGUCCCAACUCUGUGCAAGGAAUACUGGACCGACUGCAUAGUAUGAUCUAUCCUGAUAGGGAUCAAGGACAUGCCUUCCUUCAUACUGGGAUCCUCCAGCUUAUCCGCCAAGUCCUGCAGGAGGGAGAAAACUCGCUAUGUCACGUUCAACAGUCACCGCACCAAAUCAUCUACAACCUGUACAACUCGCUACAGAUGACUCAGUUGAAGGGCUAUGCAAUGAUGCAGUUCUCUUGGAUGCUACUGCGAGUCUACGGAAAAGGAAAUUUCACUCUGGAGUCUGAACUGAUGCGUGAGCGUUACUUGGAACGAAUGGCGGAACAAGCCAUCUCACUGAAGGAGGCCUUGAGCAACGCUGACGCCGCUUAUUGGAGAUGUGAUCCGAAACAUCACGUGGAGGGUGAAACCUAUGCCCAACUUACUCGACUAUUGCAGGGCUACAUCCAAAAUGAGGUGGACCUCAACUCACAGCAGACAUGCAGAGAGAACUGCGGCUACUAUCAGGUGACCAAACAGCACGGCUGCUACGAGAACAAUUUCUGUGCCAGACAGAGGGGCUGCAACGGAGACAUAGUCGAGUGCCAAUACAUAGACUCUGACAUGUGGGUCUGCCAAGCGGACCCAACACUAUCCAGGAGGCGUUAUGACUGGAUAGAAUUCGAGAAUGGUAGAGUGUUGGGGAAUAAACGAUCGUGUCACCGUACCAGCAAGGUGGAUAGCUGGUGGCGUUGGUUGUUUUGGCACUGCUCCUAUUGCUUCUGCAUCUGCGACGAUGCGACCAACUCAGACCGUUAUUUCAGCCUCCGAAAUGUUCUAUCUUCGACUGACUCAAACAAGGUGAUAACCGGAGUGCGGUUUGUGAAAAUGCACGGCGUGGUCCAUAUCCAGAUCCAAGAAGGAAUCCUGCAGCGUUAUGGUCACAUUGAUGAAACCUCCAUUUCCUGGCAACCCGUGGACAAUUUUCGGACAAGGAACGCUAUCGAGGAUAAGGAUUAUAUGAAAAUGACCUAUUAUAAGCGAGCCAUUGACCUCGAUGACCUAAAGGCACCUCCUGAACAUGUCAUUACAGGAAUCAAGUUCCGCAGGGUGGGAGGACACUUAAAUUUAGAAAUCCGAGCCACUCCAAUAAACUUUACGUCCGGAGAACUCAUCGAACCUGGUAGGAAAGAUCUGUGGAUCAGCAACGACAAUACAGACGGAGCACCGAUAAAACCCAGGACCAGAUUGAAACUAGACUCUCCAGACAAUCCCCUCAAUUCUCUUUCACCAUCCAAGAUUGACUCUGAAAACGAUCAGUAUCUUCAGUUCACGUACUCGGACAUCGACCUGGACGCUGCACAGACCACAGUGCCAUACCUGGACACGCAGAUGGUGUCACCGCAACCGCCCGUGCCGCUCAGUGGAAUCGGCGUCUACCACAAGGGCGUGCGGUGGUUUGGAGGGUUUGUGGGCCUCAAGGUGUUCACAUACAACUAUGGAGACCACAUAGAGGACAGCUUCACCGAACUAAAUGGCAUCGACAGCGUCAAUUAGGCAUUGACACCAUAGUGUAGACCUAUCUAGUAAUCCUAUCAAGACAUUAUUCUAGUUUCUAAUGCAUUUGUACCAAUUGUACCCAAUAAUCUAUGUGAUAAAUAAGUUUUGAUAAA